AUGCGCUCACACAGAGGUAAACCGACGGACGAGGAAGAAGAAACGAUGGAGUUACUCACUCAUUCGCGAUUGAGAAACAGAUCAUCGUUAUCGAAAUCGGAUCUUGACAAGCCGUCUACCAUUAUACCCACUUCUCCGCCUAUGGUGAAGAGCAUGCUAUUCGGCGGCACACCCAUUGGAAUGGUCGGACUUCUAUUUGCUGCAGGGUUAACGGCAGAGAUACAUCACUUCUUUCUUAUCUUUCUACAAGGACGCGAUGCACAGGGACAGUUUCGGAUCAAGAAAUCCUCCAACGCGCUUAGCACCAUCGUACAAUGGCUCUGUGCAGGCUCGAUUUCUAUAUCACUCACACAGAUCCGUCAAACAGUUAAACCGUUUGUUCGGAUUGCCAGAUCCUAUCAAGACUCUACGUCUCGUCUCGUCCUGGCGGAUAUUUCCCAUCAUUGUUACCUUCAUACCAUACAAGCCCUAACCCUUGUAUCCAUCCUCGCACCUAAUGCCCUCGAAGUCCGCUCAGCUUCUCCGCGAAACGACAUCAUCUCCGUCCCAACAAUAUCCUUCGAUAACAGGGAUGGCUGGACAACAGUCACCGUUGCCUGGGAACGAGUCCUUUCGCGCUCCUUCCAGUCGGACACGCUCAUCGGAUGGAAUGCUCCUGCAGGAUGUGGGAGUGCCUGCAACUAUACGAUCGAGUACGCCGCUCCGGCUCUACGAUGCUUUGACAUCAGCCAGGAGGAGAUACUCGACGACGGCGAUGGGUCUUCCGGCCCGUCUAACCCUUCUGCAGUCCUUCAGAGUAAAUACAACACCACGGAUACCGCAGUGUACAAUGCCACGUCCCAGACUGAC